AUGGCGGAUCUGCUCCGCGAUCUCGACAGCUGGCAGCAGCUGGCAGAGGCGGCGCGUCCGAGCGGCGGAGGUGGGGGUAGAGGCCGAGAGGGGCGCGACUCCGGGAAUGGGAGGAAGACGGGUAAAGCGGCGGGGAAGACCAAGGACGGCACGGUAGCAGCAGCAAAGAAGAAAGCAAAGGGCAAACUCAACAGCGCGAAUAACACGGCAGCACAAGCCACAUCAGCGGCACCAUCAUCACCAUCAUCAUCAUCAUCAUCUGCAGCAGCAGCAGCAUCAGGAGAAGGGCGGCCGAUCAGGCACACAGUGGACUACUUUCGAGAGCACUGGGUUCCGCCUCCCUCUCCUGUCAACGCCGAGCCGUCCACGUCAGCGCCAGGCUGGAACGUCGGUUUCUUAGGUGGCGGUAGCAAGAAACCAUCAGGUCAAGCCAGAGCAACAGGAGCAGCAUCAGGCGGGGCAGCAGGUGGGGGAGCAGAUGGAGCAGCAAGAGGAGCGGAACCAAAAGCAGCAAGAGCAGGGGGAGGAGCAGGGGCGGUUGGGGAAGCAGGGGGGGCUGCAGAGCUUGUUAGCAGGCUGGCAGCAGCAGCUGAUGUUGGGGGGGAGGGGGAUGGAGACGAGAUUGGGGGUGUGGGGGGGAGGGAGAGGGGGAAUGGAGGCAGCAGCUGCAGCAGAGAAGGAAAGGGUGAGUGGGGAGAGAGGGUGGGGAGGAAUGGAGUGAGUGAUGGGGAUGGGAGAGAGGGCAACGAGCAUUUCAAGGCCGGUCGCUUUGAGGACGCCCUCUCCUGCUACUCCCAGAGCAUCGCCCUCCAUCCCACCGCUGUCGCAUUCGCCAACCGAGCCAUGGCUGCACUGAAACUUGGCAGGUACGAGGAGGCUGAGGCGGAUUGCACAGAGGCGUUGGAUCGGGACGACGAGUACGUGAAGGCAUUGGCAAGGAGGGCUACUGCGAGGCUGAAGCUCAGUCGACCCAUUGAUGCACUGCAAGACAUAAACCAAGGCCUGUCCCUUGAUCCCGGCAACAAAGACUUGCUGAAGCAGCAGGCACAGGCGAACGCUCUACUGCAGAAGCAAGCCAAGGAGGGAGUGGGUGUGAUUGCGAGAGCGCUCAAGGCAGGGGCAGCAGGCUGCCAGGUUGUUGUGCCAGGGGUUUCAGGGAUAGCGGGAGGAGCAGGAGCAUCAGGAGCCGCUGCUACUGUUUCAGGGCUUGCUACGGACGUUACAGGAGACAGAGCGGUUGAAAGGAUUACGGAGGUUCAGGGCGUGAAGGGUGCGAGGGAGAUUCAGGAGAUGAAGGAGGUUAAGGAGGCUAAGGAGGCUAAGGAGAUUAAGGGGUUUCAGGAGGAGAAGGCAGUUACAGAGGUUGAGAGGGGUGCAGAGAGUUCAGAAGCCACGGAAGUUGGUGGGGUAAUAGGGGACAGAAGGGUAACAAGGGCUGCAGAGUCGGAGGGAGGUGCUGGGGAGGGUGAGGGGGAAGGUGGGGGGGGAUGUGCGGGGAGUGUAAGGAUCAGUGAGGUUACAGAGGGGGAUACACAAGGGGAAGGACCCAUUUCGUCGGGAGCAGAGAAAGGGGGAAAGGCAGAACACGAGGAAAAGGAGGAGGAGACAUUAGGAAGACAACGAGAGGGAACGGAGGAGGUCAGGGUGUGGACUGCCGCUUUCCAUGGCCCUGCUCCUCUGCUGCCCACUGCCCUCGCUCCCUCUGCCCUCGCUCCCUCUCCUUCCCCUGCAAGCGCGACUGCUGUCACUGCCGCCCCUGCCACCGCCCACCCCGCGCUUAUAACUGCACCUGGUGCUGUUCCCGGUCGGCAGAGCGUUGACCUCACAUCCACACAUGAGGCAGCAGCAGUAGAACGUAGUUGUGAGUCGACCCACAAGCCAUCGCCGGGCAUAGAGCUCACAUCAGCACAUAACACGGCAGUGCCAGGGACGUCUGAGUCGACUCGAAAGUCAUCCCCAGGUGUUGAGGUCACAUCAGCACAUGACGUGGCAAUUGAGGGGACUUACGAGUCGACUCACAAGUCACUGCGGGGUGUCGAGCUGACGUCAGCGCAUAAUGCAGCGGUGUCUCGAGCGGCGGAGAUUCUGCGAGAAAAGGCAGCUGCAGCUGAGAUGAUGGCGGUGAGGCAGAAGGAGGGGGAGGGGGAGUCAGCAUUGGAUUUUGAGAGGUGGUGGCGGCGGCUGCAGGGGUGUGAUGACGCACAGGCUGCCUUGAUCAAGGACACUACUUGGUCACUUCAAGUGGAGUCAAGAGCCACCCCUCGCCUCACCCCUGCCCCCAUUCCGCGCUCCUGCAGUCCCUCCCUCCCGCCUGCCCGCCUGUCCCUCCGCCCUCUCACCUCCCCUCUCACCUCCCCUCUCACCUCCCCUCUCACCUCCCCUCUCACCUCCCCUCUCACGUCCUCUCUCACCUCCCCUCUCACCUCCCCUCUCACCUCCCCUCUCACGUCCCCUCUCACCUCCCCUCUCACCUCCCCUCUCACCUCCCCUCUCACCUCCCCUCUCACCUCCCCUCUCACCUCCCCUCUCACCUCCCCUCUCACCUCCCCUCUCACCUCCCCUCUCACGUCCCCUCUCACCUCCCCUCUCACCUCCCCUCUCACGUCCCCUCUCACGUCCCCUCUCACCUCCCCUCUCACCUCCCCUCUCACCUCCCCUCUCACCUCCCCUCUCACCUCCCCUCUCACCUCCUCUCUCAAUCCAUCCCAUCCCCUCCCUUCAACCCAUUCUCCCCUCUGCAGUCCCUCCCGUCUGCGUGCCUGUCGACCAUCUUCAAGGACUCUCUCUUUCCGGCCUUUCACCUCCCCUCUUGCCUCCCCUCUCACCUCCCCUCUCAAUCCAUCCCAUCCCCUCCCUUCCCUCCAUUCUCCCUCCUGCAGUCCCGCCUCUCAACCAUCUUUAAGGACUCACUCUCCCGCCUCUCCUCUCUGCCUGCUGCUAACCUCCCCUCUCACUCCAUCCCGUGCCGCCCCUACCUCCUGUGUUCCUAAUGCUUCCCCCCCCCCACCUACAGUCCCUCCCGCCUGCCCGCCUGUCAACCAUCUUCAAGGACUCACUCUCUCCCGCCUUUCACCUCCCCUCUUACCUCCCCUCUUACCUCCCCUCUUACCUCCCCUCUUACCUCACCUCGUACCUCCCCUCUUACCUCCCCUCGUACCUCCCCUCCCCUCUUACCUCCCCUCUUACCUCCCCUCGUACCUCCCCUCUUACCUCCCCUCGUACCUCCCCUCUUACCUCCCCUCGUACCUCCCCUCUUAUCUCCCCUCGUACCUCCCCUCUUACCUCCCCUCUUACCUCCCCUCGUACCUCCCCUCUUACCUCCCCUCGUACCUCCCCUCUUACCUCUCCUCGUACCUCCCCUCUUACCUCCCCUCUUACCUCCCCUCUUACCUUCCCUCUUACCUCCCCUCUUACCUCCCCUCGUACCUCCCCUCUUACCUCCCCUCUUACCUCCCCUCGUACCUCCCCUCUUACCUCCCCUCGUACCUCCCCUCUUACCUCCCCGCGUACCUCCCCUCUUACCUCCCCUCGUACCUCCCCUCUUACCUCCCCUCUUACCUCCCCUCGUACCUCCCCUCUUACCUCCCCUCGUACCUCCCCUCUUACCUCCCCUCGUACCUCCCCUCUUACCUCCCCUCUUACCUCCCCUCUUACCUUCCCUCUUACCUCCCCUCUUACCUCCCCUCGUACCUCCCCUCUUACCUCCCCUCGUACCUCCCCUCUUACCUCCCCUCUUACCUCCCCUCUUACCUCCCCUCUUACCUCCCCUCUUACCUCCCCUCGUACCUCCCCUCUUACCUCCCCUCGUACCUCCCCUCUUACCUCCCCUCUUACCUCCCCUCGUACCUCCCCUCUUACCUCCCCUCGUACCUCCCCUCUUACCUCCCCUCGUACCUCCCCUCUUACCUCCCCUCUUACCUCCCCUCGUACCUCCCCUCUUACCUCCCCUCGUACCUCCCCUCGUACCUCCCCUCUUACCUCCCCUCUUACCUCCCCUCGUACCUCCCCUCGUACCUCCCCUCUUACCUCCCCUCGUACCUCCCCUCUUACCUCCCCUCUUACCUCCCCUCUUACCUCCCCUCUUACCUCCCCUCUUACCUCCCCUCUUACCUCCCCUCUUACCUCCCCUCUUACCUCCCCUCUUACCUCCCCUCGUACCUCCCCUCUUACCUCCCCUCUUACCUCCCCUCGUACCUCCCCUCUUACCUCCCCUCGUACCUCCCCUCUUACCUCCCCUCAUACCUCCCCUCUUACCUCCCCUCGUACCUCCCCUCUUACCUCCCCUCUUACCUCCCCUCUUACCUCCCCUCUUACCUCCCCUCUUACCUCCCCUCUUACCUCCCCUCUUACCUCCCCUCUUACCUCCCCUCUUACCUCCCCUCGUACCUCCCCUCUUACCUCCCCUCGUACCUCCCCUCUUACCUCCCCUCUUACCUCCCCUCUUACCUCCCCUCUUACCUCCCCUCGUACCUCCCCUCUUACCUCCCCUCGUACCUCCCCUCUUACCUCCCCUCGUACCUCCCCUCUUACCUCCCCUCUUACCUCCCCUCUUACCUCCCCUCGUACCUCCCCUCUUACCUCUCCUCGUACCUCCCCUCUUACCUCCCCUCUUACCUCCCCUCUUACCUUCCCUCUUACCUCCCCUCUUACCUCCCCUCGUACCUCCCCUCUUACCUCCCCUCUUACCUCCCCUCGUACCUCCCCUCUUACCUCCCCUCGUACCUCCCCUCUUACCUCCCCGCGUACCUCCCCUCUUACCUCCCCUCGUACCUCCCCUCUUACCUCCCUCGUACCUCCCCUCGUACCUCCCCUCGUACCUCCCCUCGUACCUCCCUCUUACCUCCCCUCUUACCUCCCUCUUACCUCCCUCUUACCUCCCCUCUUACCUCCCCUCUUACCUCCCCUCUUACCUCCCCUCGUACCUCCCCUCUUACCUCCCCUCUUACCUCCCCUCUUACCUCCCCUCUUACCUCCCCUCUUACCUCCCCUCGUACCUCCCCUCUUACCUCCCCUCUUACCUCCCCUCUUACCUCCCCUCUUACCUCCCCUCGUACCUCCCCUCUUACCUCCCCUCGUACCUCCCCUCUUACCUCCCUCGUACCUCCCCUCUUACCUCCCCUCUUACCUCCCCUCGUACCUCCCCUCUUACCUCCCCUCGUACCUCCCGCGUACCUCCCCUCUUACCUCCCCUCUUACCUCCCCUCUUACUCCCCUCGUACCUCCCCUCUUACCUCCCCUCGUACCUCCCCUCUUACCUCCCCUCUUACCUCCCUCUUACCUCCCCUCUUACCUCCCCUCUUACCUCCCCUCUUACUCCCCUCUUACCUCCCCUCUUACCUCCCCUCUUACCUCCCCUCGUACCUCCCCUCUUACCUCCCCUCUUACCUCCCCUCGUACCUCCCCUCUUACCUCCCCUCGUACCUCCCCUCGUACCUCCCCUCUUACCUCCCCUCGUACCUCCCCUCUUACCUCCCCUCGUACCUCCCCUCUUACCUCCCCUCGUACCUCCCCUCUUACCUCCCCUCUUACCUCCCCUCUUACCUCCCCUCUUACCUCCCCUCUUACCUCCCCUCUUACCUCCCCUCUUACCUCCCCUCGUACCUCCCCUCUUACCUCCCCUCUUACCUCCCCUCUUACCUCCCCUCGUACCUCCCCUCUUACCUCCCCUCUUACCUCCCCUCGUACCUCCCCUCUUACCUCCCCUCGUACCUCCCCUCUUACCUCCCUCGUACCUCCCCUCUUACCUCCCUCGUACCUCCCCUCGUACCUCCCCUCUUACCUCCCCUCUUACCUCCCCUCUUACCUCCCCUCUUACCUCCCCUCUUACCUCCCCUCUUACCUCCCCUCUUACCUCCCCUCUUACCUCCCCUCGUACCUCCCCUCUUACCUCCCCUCGUACCUCCCCUCUUACCUCCCCUCGUACCUCCCCUCGUACCUCCCCUCUUACCUCCCCUCUUACCUCCCCUCUUACCUCCCCUCUUACCUCCCCUCUUACCUCCCCUCGUACCUCCCCUCUUACCUCCCCUCGUACCUCCCCUCUUACCUCCCCUCGUACCUCCCCUCGUACCUCCCCUCUUACCUCCCCUCUUACCUCCCCUCGUACCUCCCCUCUUACCUCCCCUCGUACCUCCCCUCGUACCUCCCCUCUUACCUCCCCUCUUACCUCCCCUCUUACCUCCCCUCUUACCUCCCCUCUUACCUCCCCUCUUACCUCCCCUCUUACCUCCCCUCUCGACUCAAUUAAUCGGCUCACUCUUUCGCACAGCACCACUGGCUCUGCUUCUUGCCCUCUCCUCACACCCCCAUCUUCCUGCCCUCUCCUCACACCCCCAUCUUCCUGCCCUCUCCUCACACCCCCAUCUUCCUGCCCUCUCCUCACACCCCUCUCUCCCCUUCCCCUCCGCGCCCUCUCUCCCUCCCAGCUCCGAUGCCCCAGCAGCAGUGGCUCGGCUCUCUGCCUUCCCAUCUGUGCCGCGCUUCCCCAUCCUCCUCGUCUGCGUGCCUGCCAAUGACAAGAAACGUCUGUCGAAGCUGUGGGAUGAAGCUCUUGCUGCGUCCACCCCUUCCACCGCCACUCAUACCACUCUGCAGCAGCUUCGCUCAGCGUACAAGCUCUAG